AUGAAAGGAAUGAACAAGAACAUGAUGAUCUCCUCGCCGAUACAAGAGUUUGUGACUGAUUCAAACGUGCAAUGCGCCAUUGCCUGCUUGAGCCAGACGAACUGCUUCUCCUUUUCCGUGACCACGUCAACAGCAGGAUUCGUCACAUGUCGCCUACACGACACGUACGACCCACCGAGAACGGCCGAUCCCGACAGCCAGCUUUACAACAAAGAGCUCCCCUCAGGAUACAUGCCGGUGUUAGGUACGAACAGCUUCGUGAAGAUGGUAUCGAACCAGCAAAUCACGUGGAUCCAGUCGGAGACGGAAUGCCAGAGAGAUGGAGGCCGACUUGCCGUUCCGAGCAGCGAGACCAUGUACAGGUUCCUGAAUGAGACCAUGCUCGCCAAGGGACAGGUGACGAACCCGCGCAACUACUUCUGGCUUGGUGGUCAGAGCGGAACUAACUAUUACAUCUGGAAUUUUCUUGACGGUACCAGCCUCACGGUCACUGGACCGGGCUAAGCGCACUUCCACGCAGUUUAUCCCGCGUCUGGCGGAUGCCUUCUGAUGGGCUGGGAAAAUGAUGGAUAUCAGCAAUGCUUUGGAUGUUGGUAUGUCAAUGCUUGCGCCGCCGCCUUCAACGGAUACUUCUGCGAAAUCAAGAUACUGAAUUGAUGCGUGCCUGAGAAGCCUCGAAUCGGAC